GGGCUGAUGGGUACUGUGGGCACAGUGGGCUGGGGGUCUAGGGGCCCCGGUGGCCCUAGGGACCCCCAUGGCCAUGGCUGAGCGGCCCCGGCCCGGGUGGGCCUCAUAUCACAGCCCCAACACUAACAACUGCCAGGACCUGGGCAACUCCAUCCUGCUGCUGCUGGGCCUGGUCAUCUGCAUUAACAUUGGCAUCAAUAUGGUGACGCUGCUCUGGCGCAGACUCCGUGGCUUCUUACACCAAGCGUUCCAUGUCAUUUGUGAGAAAGAAGCUUCUAAGUUAUGCUCACCUAGGAAGCAGACCCAGCCCCUGAAGCAGAGCUCCCCUGCAGUCCACCUUCGAUGCACCAUGGACCCUGUGAAAAUGACCGUGACCCCCCCACCCACUCGCCGCCAUCGCCGUCAAGGCUCUUCAGUGCGCCGUGCCCACCACCCCGCAGCCCGGGCCCCUGACACUGAUGACGAAGAUGAGAAGGCCCCACGUCAGCGCACAGCAAUCUGCUCCCACAACUGGGAUUGCCCCGAGGACUGGGAAGGCUUACAAUCCACACAGGCGUUCUGGACUCCCUGGGGCCAGGACGCUGUGGAGCCGCCUACCCAGACCAUCCGCUUCCAGCAAACUGUAGAGGGAAGGCCCCUCAAAAGAGAGAUGCAGUCAGAGCUGGGCCUAGAGGCCUAUGUGUACCCUGUGAACCCCCCACCCCCCAGCCCUCAGGUCCUGAGCCACAAGAACAGUGGAGGGGGGGCCCAGGCAGAGCAGGAGCAGAGCUCGCCAGCCCAGCCACCCAUCCUGGGCCCAGCCAACGUUCCGGACAUCCCUCGGCGCCGCUCCUCAGGGCGCAUAGCCUAUGAUGCCAGAGACAUGAGGCGGCGGCUGCGGGAGCUGACCCGGGAGGUGGAGGCCCUGUCCCACUGUUACCCCCUGGCCUCCAGAUCCAGCAUGGCUGAGGGGAUGGGGAAGGACUGGGUAUACCAUCCCCUGACAGAGAGGUGACUGGGAGAAUAAAAAGAAGAGAGGAGGUGG